AAUGUACUGCAGAUAUGUAAACAAUUUAAAUUGUACUGCAGAUAUGUUUAAACAUGAAAUCCUACGCUGACGAAGUGAAAACGUGUAUAGAUGAGCACAAUAACUUCAUCAAUAAUCUUAAGAAUGACAGAUCAAAGUUUGAAUCUGUAUCCAGCAAUCCUAACGGCGAUGAGUUUUCUCAACCUCUAAGAUUCCGUAGUUUCCGUAGUUUGGAAAAUCCUCCUGAAAUAUAUAGGGACCAAGAACAGGACCUUGACCACCACCAAAGAAGGAGUAAUCUAGGAUAUCCGAACAGUUUUGGAUCUUAUACCUCUCUUGAUCACUUUGGCUCAGCCCAACUACACUAUGAAAGAUAUACCCCAUACCAACCCUCCCCCUACCUCUCCCUGUCCAGGCCUCCGAUAUCAAGUUAUGCUCCGUACAAAGAGACACCAAGGAUGGGACGGAAUAGGUUCAGAGUACACUCUCAGUACCUCAAUAAGCAGAAUAAUUAUUUGAAUUGGAAAGGUUCGUUCAUUCAGUGCAAUUAGACAAAUUCCCGAUUUUUAAGGGACUGAAGACAUAAUUUCAAGUGACCCUCUAAUUAUUGAGUUGAAAUGCUCACUUCAUGAUGGUGCCCUUAUAAGCUUUGUAUUUUAUAUUAUGAAUAUGAAAUCAAUGUGUUUCUUCAUGAAAAGUAACUAUUCUAAGGAAUUUUAACAUUUAUGUCUCUGAUACAUUUGAGAAAUUAUCAGAAUUGAACACUUUCAAAACUUUAAAACGGGAAAAUAUUGAAAUUGCAUCAAUGAACCAUGAAAAUAAGGAUGAUAACGGAAUUAAGAAUUAAGUCGUAAAACUAUUUGUUGUGAAUAUAUUCUUGUUAUACUUGUAUAGUUCAACCGAAGUUAUGAAAUAUAAUCUGUGAUAAUGUUAGACACUAUCAAGGGAACAAUCAUUACUAGGGAAGGGGCUCUAAGGGGGUAUCCUUUUAAAUUUUUAGUUUUUAUUUUAACUGAUUAUAACAUGCACGUCUUUUUAUAUUGACAAAGAAUUAAUAUGUGUGGCAUUAACAUCUAAUAUAAAUACUAAAUAUGUUUAAUAUAUCUUACAAAAGCUUAUCUUACAGUACU